UUGUCAUUAUGAUAGAGAUCAAAUUCCAGAACUCCAUCUUCUUCUUCUUCUUCUUCUUCCUCUCAUCAAAUCCAACUUCCAAAACCCUAACCCUAGCAUUGUUCCUGCACUGUCAGCACCAUUAAAAACUCAUUUGAUUUCUUAAUAGAAACCACAAAAAUCUUACAAUUCAAUCAAAGACGGUUACUUUACACACACCCAUAUCUUCUCAGUAUUCGUCUCUGUUGAUCAAGGACCAAGAUCCUCACUGACCCAUCACCAAUAAACCCUAGCCCUACCAAACCCGCAUCCGCAAUUCCAUUGAUUUGACCCAAUACCCAUAUAUGCCCCAAUUCCAAGAACCAAAAGAAGAAGCAACUCAAUUAUGGGAGCAGAGAAGAAAUGGCUUCUCACACUCUUCUCCGCCACAUUGCUCUCUCUCCUCCUCCUCCUCUUCUCCUCCAUCUCCGCCUUCACCUCCCCCAAACCGUUCCCCUCCAUCGUCCAGCACGGCGCCCACUGCCCGCCGGCCUUCGCCUACUACAUCUACGGCGGCCGCGGCGAUCGGGCCCGGAUCUUCCGGCUUCUGCUCGCCGUCUACCACCCGAGGAACCGGUACCUGCUGCAUCUGACGGCGGAGGAGUCGGAGGACGAGCGGCGGCGGCUGGCGUCGGCGGUGAAGGCGGUGCCGGCGGUCAGGGCGUUUGGGAAUGUGGAUGUGGUGGGGAAGCCUGAUCGGAUCACGUACAUGGGUUCGUCGAAUUUGGCGACGACGUUGAGGGCGGCGGCGAUUUUGUUGAAGGUGGAUAGUGGGUGGGACUGGUUCAUCACUUUGAGUGCUGUGGACUACCCACUUGUGACUCAGGACGACCUGUCUCAUGUCUUCUCUUCUGUACGACGGGAUCUCAAUUUCAUUGACCACACCAGUGAACUUGGAUGGAAAGAGUUGCAUAGGAUCCAGCCAAUUAUAGUUGAUCCAAGUAUCUACCUAGCCAGGAGGAGCCAAAUUUUUCAUGCUACAGAGAAGCGGAAAACACCUGAUGCUUUUAAAAUAUUCACAGGUUCCCCAUGGUUUGUCCUGAGCAGAUCUUUUCUGGAAUUUUGCAUUCUUGGUUGGGAUAAUCUUCCCCGGACGUUGCUCAUGUACUUUACGAAUGUGAUUCUAUCGGAGGAAGGAUAUUUCCACUCUGUUAUAUGCAAUUCACCAGAGUUUAAGAACACUACCGUGAACAGUGAUUUAAGAUACAUGAUUUGGGACACUCCCCCGAAAAUGGAACCCCACUUCCUCAAUACAUCAGUUUAUGAUCAAAUGGUUCAAAGUGGAGCUGCUUUUGGCCGACAAUUCCAGAAGGACGACCCUGUGCUGGACAUGGUUGAUGUAAAGAUCCUCAAGCGCGGGCGAAAUCUAGCUGCCCCAGGUGCAUGGUGCUCCGGCUGGAAGAGCUGGUGGAUGGAUCCUUGCUCUCAAUGGGGGGAUGCCAAUAUCUUGAAGCCUGGACCCCAAGCAAAGAAAUUUGAAGAAUCCAUUACUAACCUUCUUGAUGACUGGAGCUCACAAUCAAAUCAGUGUAAAUGAAGAAUCUUGAACCGAAAAGUAGAUCUUCACAGACUUUUCGUGCGGUUUCCUUUGAUUCUAAACUUGAUGGUUAACUUGGAAGACUGCCAACAGCUGAGAUGCAUUCAUUCUUUUGGCCACUGAGCUCACUUUCUUCUUCUUCUUUUUUUGAGGUCCCUCCAGUCACAGCUUGACUAUUGUUUAUAACAGGGGCAUAGUAGCAUAGUGAAUUCAGUUGGGGUGUUGGGAUAUACUUGCUAUUAUAUCAUUGCCGCUAUUAUUGAUGGUAGAGCACUAGAGCCACUCACAGCCUUUCCAUGUAAUAAGAGGGUUCUCUCCCCUCUUUUGUAGUGCCUCUCUACUUCGGAUUCUAUUAGGAACUGUUUGAAUAUUGGAGCAGAAAAUUUCAUUCUUUCAAUUCUAUUGUGUUUCAUCUC